CAUCCGACGCCCAUAUUUCUGUGCCACACCUUGGUGGCUGAGCUCCUCCAAUCCCAUUCCCCACCAAGCAUUCCAUUUGCACUCCUAUGGCUGCUCUCUCAGGAUCAUCAAACUACUAUUACUACAUCCCGGCGUCCGCGCUCUCGCCCAGCCCAAAGCCAACUCGACAACGCACACACCCUCCCGUGGCACCCUCCCAGCGCACCGCCUACACUCGCGCCCCACAACGCCCGCGCGCAGCGACCGCCAACGUCUCGGCCAGCGGAGCCCACUUGAAAUGGCUCACAUCCAACCCCCUCCUCGGGUUACCUCCGUCAUCGGCCUCCUCCCCUCCCGAGUCCCGUCCCACAAGUAGCCGGUACCAUGCGCCGCGGAUCGGGCUAUGAUCCCGCGCGAGCUGCCUCAUGGCGAGAAUCUGCCCUCUUUGCUCGGAAUGGCAGGCCCCGCCCGUCCAAGAGGCGGCGGCGAGGGCGUAUCUGAUCAAAAGGCAAGCGAGAUGCGCGACAUCGAUGACGGAAUGCCCUGCAAGGUCCGACGCUCUUCACAUCCGCUCUUCACUCCUCCAAGAUGGUCUGCUCGGCGAACACUUCUUGUGUGCUCCUGUGCUCCUGGUCAUUAAUAGAAUCGCGGCCUGAUCCGCGUUCCCGCUCCCAAGUGCUCUUGGUGCUGUUACAGCUCUUCAUUUCGACUCGCGC